AUGGCAAGAUCCGAGCUCAAGCGAUGUGGUGCCGUUUUUGCCAUGUCUUUGAGAAUUUGGACGAGCUUGGUGCUGCUUUGGUACAGUCAAGGCCACAAGAGCCAACUCAGACCUGGUGCACUUGAUCCACCCGCGCAAUGCCUCGGCUGUGAUUCAAAUGCAAUGCUUCAGACAGAGAGAUGGCGGCGCGAAGGGAACGACAGAGGAGGCGGCAACGACGAAGCCCGGUGUCUCAUCAGCGCAGCUUCGAGACAUAUGAUUCUUCCAAGCUGCACUGGAGACAACAUCACGAAUUUCCAGUCAAGUGAUGGAUCGGAUCUGCGACACUACGCGUAUCCAGCCCAGCUGAGACUCUCGGAUGUCCUGUGGGUCCAUUUGCCUGGAUCCAUGGAUGCAUCGCUGGACUCAUCGGAGUUGAUGGGCUCUCGACCCAAGAUCCAUCGGAUCGUUUUGUCCUAUGACAACGUGGUUGCCGUGGAAAGCGAGUACUGCUUGAAGCCGGAGGUCGCCUCCCUGGUGGAGUACAUCGAGUCAGAUGUCAAUGAAACUAAGAAUGAAUGCUGGUGGGCUGUGCGCUACCAAAUCGUCACCGGCCGGGUCUGGAAGAGUAGUAAUUCCAACGCGACCAUUCGAGAUGCCAUCGACACCAUCCGCAUCGGUGAUGGCUUCCACCUUGGAACCGAUGGUAUUGAGAAUCGGCUUCUGAGGCUGCUGCGGUACUUGCACUUCCGGAAGCCCCGAGAGUUCUGGGACCGAUUUCUGAAGCAUGGAGCUGUGGACUGGAGCAGGAUCAUUUUCUCAGGGAUAGCUUGCGCAGAGCCUGGCGAGAAGAAACCUUUGUAUGGGCAGGGCGGCGUCUGCUAUUUAAGCAUCCUGCUGGUGACCCAGCAGUCGGCUGUGUGUCACAGCCAGGGAGGCGGUCACGCAGCGAUGCUCAGCUUCUUGCAUCCGCUGCGCCGCGUGUUUUUCCUCAGCUCUCCUUGCGACGUGUCCUCCUGGACGACUGGAAAGUAUUGCGAUGGCGCUCAGACUGCCACACCCUGCACAGCCGCUGCGAAGCCUAUUGAAGGUUACUACGGCAUGGUGCAAGCACAUGAGAUAGACAUUUGCAACUUGGUGUAUUCUAAACUUCCCUAG